UAAAUGCACAGUAGUAACAGCAACAAGUCACUACACUCAAUUCACCGCAUUCCCCAAGACUCUGUAUGGCAUAAUUAAUUUAGUAAGUAGGUGGAACAAAAAUGUACUGUCCUGUCAUCAGUUUCUCUCUCAUAAUUCCUUGUGGGUCACAAUUAAUAGUUGAAAUUAAUUUUGGGGUAUUCCAACCCACCAUGGAAUCUCAGAAGAUUAAUUUACAUUUGUUUACUAUAGUUUAGCUACCCACUCACUGUUCAGCAUUCUGGAGUGCAAGUGUUUUGGUUUUGCUUUGUAGUCGACCUGCACUUAGCUACUGAUUGAUCUAAUCCUAAUGAUGUUGGGUUUUUCUCUUCAAAUCACCCUAAGGAUUAAGCUUGCCUGUUUAAGAAUACUGAUACCAUGCUGGAUUUGGUAAGCUUGUUUUAGUUCUAGCACUUUUAAAAUGCCACUGCUUUUGAAAGGAUGACUUGAUUAUGGCAGGAGCAUAGUGGUGGAAGGGUGGGCUUGGACAAUAAAAUGUACCAAAAGGAUGGGUAAAAUGUGAAAUUAUGAGUGUGAAGUAAAGAGAAAGAAUGAUAUGCAUAAAUAUGUUCAAGUGAUUGUCACAGUAAUUCUGGUGUCCAGAGGGGAGUCUGAGGUUGCUGCAGUGAGUGAAAAGCCUGAGGUCUCAAGGAUGACCAUGAGGAGAUGGCAAAAUGAGGAGAGGGAUACAGACAGCUCUAACCCUGAGGUACAAACACUGUAUCUCCCACUCCGGUAAAAGGGUGAGUGACAAGCUGUCCUGCUCUCAAGAGCAGGAUGUCAGUGGUCUGAGGGGGCAGAUCCCUCCCUUUGUGGCAAAUCUGCUCUUCUGCUCCUGAUGAGGAGUCAGUGUAGCUGUAAGCUUAUGAAAGACCUGAUGGACCAGAAGCCAUAAAGGUAAAAGCAGAAAUUGUUUUGGCUGAGAAGUAAAGGUAAGCAAAGAGAAUGGCCUUGGGACUCUGUGAACUGUGUGGGUCCUCUGAGACUGCAACACAAAAUUGAACUGUCUGUGGCCUUUGUUUCCCUAGAUUUGCUCUGCAGCACUGAAAAGAACAAAGCCAGGAUGAUGACGGAACACAAGGUCUGUAAUGAGACACCAGGAACUGUAAGACUGUAAGUUUGAGAUCUGUGAAGCUCAGUGCCAAGAACAGUUGCUAGAAUCUGGAUAAGGAUAGGGCCAAAAUUGCAGGGUACAAAAGGUAUUUCUUCUAUUUAGCAUGAUCCACCUGAACCAGGGCUUCUGCCUUUGGAAUGCUUCUGUGAAGAGGGAACCAGGUUGCUUUAAGUUUCACAGAAUUUCCAGAAUUUGAGAGCUGUAUCAGAACUUUCAGAUAGCAGUUUAAUGGACUGCACUUUUCGAUGAAAAUGAGGUUUUAUGGUGACACUGCCUUGCACUUAGACAAAUCUUGAUUCCCAGUAUCUGACAGAGUAUGCAACCAAGUUCCACAAACACAGAAGAUGAUUUGUUUCCUUUUAAAAGGGGGUUUCAGAUCCAGAAUGAGCAACUCUUCAAUGUUUAAUGCUUAUUAAUGAAUACUGAUUUUAAAAUACUCUAAUGUGUUCUACAGGUUGGUGCUGCCAUCUCUUGGAAAUAAUGCAGUUUCACAGCUGAUUUUGAUUACAGGAAAUUUAAACUAUUUUAAGAAAUUACAUGUAUUAAUAAUAAAAUGAAAGUAUUACAAAAAUACAAGUAGAUAUUCUCAGUCUUUUACCUGAGGAUCACAUUUGUUAGGAAAAAAGGAAAGUAUUAGGUGAAUUUCUGCUUCUUAAUCCUGGUUUUACAGAGCCAGGUCAACUACUGCCCCAUUUUGCUUCACCUUUUAAUAUCAUAGGCAUAUUUUCUCCAUGGCUGCUAAAUUAUAGUAAAGCUCUUUCCAAGUGUGUAAAUUGGGUUUUUUUAGUUUUCCAAAGAUUGUUCUCUUUGCAUGGUCUAAGAAGAAAGAUAAAUUAUACAGUUCUUCUAUAAUUGCUCUCCUGGAACCUGAAAUUUAGUUGGCACAAAAUUAGCUCCUUAAGCUUUUGAAGAAAUUAGAUGUGUUUUGCAUCUUUACAGUAGUAAGGGAAAGUAAAAUAGUAAUUUGUGGUUAUUUAAAUUGUAACGAUAUACUCAGAUUGAUUAAUUUCAAAUUUCUAAUUUAGUUUUCAAAUUCUUAAAUUUGCAUUCAUAAAAGGAUUCUGAAGUAAUGUCUGGAGGAAGCACCCAAGUUUGCUCCUUGAGCAUGCAACCCUCCCUUCUGUCUUACUUUGUGGUUCUUAAUCUGAUCUAAAUCUGUAUUAGUAAUGUGUUAAAAUAAUCUGAUUUCAGAAUCAAAGGGAUCUUUGUACUGGGGUGGAAAACCACUUGGUGCAAGCCCUGGAGUCAUGGUGGAAUGCUUGGCAAGUAUCAAAAACCACAGAAACCAGAAAGUAGAGAGAGAAUAAGGUGACAGAUUUUAUAACCUCUUUUUUCACUUCAGAGUAUUUAAGUAACCUCUUCCUUUGGUGGUUUUUUGCUGUUUUGUGAACUGGGAUUCUUUGCACCUGUUUGACAGCUAUUGGGAUUUAAGAUGCACAGUGUGGUGAUCUGGAAUUGCUGGAGCAUUUAUCAGUUAGUACUGGGUAAUUUUUAUUAUGAUCUCUCCCAGACUUAGGUUAAUUAAUGCAGAAAAAAACCUCUGUACAUCUGCAAAGACAUAUCUUGUUAAAGCAAGUUAGGAUGAAAAACUCUGUGUGCUGCUUGGUAAGUAAGCAAGACUUCAGAGAUUGUAUGGUCCAAACACCAGUCAACUUGAACUGCUUGUGUACUGAAGACAUGCACAGUCUGAAAGUGAUUUUAACAGCUCUGCCAAUUCAAAAUUGACAAAGCAAUUUGACAUGAUUUGAGAUAUAUAAUGGAUCAACACAGCCUUAAAUCGGACCAGAUUGGUAUUUCCAUUUUUUUCUUGUAUAUGGAAAUUCUAGUUAAACAAUGUAAUACACAGCAAAGUAAUUUCAAUAAUAUAUCAGCACAUUUGCAAUAUUCUCUUCACCAGUGCUGAAUCCUCACAGAGAGGUAGGACAUCAGAUUCUCAGGGAGAGUCCUGAUUUAUCCAUAGGAUGAACACUGCAUUUGUGGUGUUCAUUACCUCUAGAUAAUGGACCAUUUUGUUUCUGCUGUUAGAUAAAUACUGGGUAUUAUGUUUCUGUAAUUGAUGUAAAUUAUAGUUACAGAUACUAAUUACCCUGUUUAAACUUGCUGGGUCCCCAAAUACUUCUAAGAACUACUAAUAAUUAUUAGCUUAUCUUCUUUUAACACUCUGGAGGCUACCACUAGCACGAGGCCAUUUGUGAGCUGAUAGGUUAUUUAUAUUUUUGGAUCUACAGUUUAUCUAAAAAGAGAUUUAAAAAACGGCCAGAUUAAAUUACCUGUUCCUUGUACACCCUGCAAGCAUGAAAAUUGCAUAUUUUUAAGGUCAGUAUCUGCUUUCAAGGUGACAUAUGAAUAGGUACAGUUAUGGGGAUUGAAGGUAAUUGGUAUAAGAAGCUAAUGAAUAUAUGCAUCUGUUCAACACCUACAGCACUAGUAUACUUUUAACAAAGAAAACAAAUUAUAGGCUUCUAAUGUUGUGCUAGUUACUUGUAAAACAAUAAUCUGGUCUUUGCAUUUCCUAGGCACUGCAAGAAUGGUUAUUUUCAGCAGGCACUGUUCAUGCAGUGCAUUCCUGGGAGCUGCCAGAGACAGGUCUUUGCCUUUUGCAUUUUCACAUCCCUCUUGCACUGCAAGUUGCGAGCCUUAAAGGGACAAUACAUGUCAACCUUCUGGCCUCCAAUAUUGGUUAUUUAGUGCUGUUCUCAGUAUGCACCUAUGAAAGAGCUCUGCUGAAGUAAAUUAAGUUUUUAUUUUUUGCCUGCCCUUCAUAACCAUGAAUGCAUUUUUAUUCUUCAAAGGUGAAAUGUUUUCAUCUUGUCCAGUGUCCUGGAAAGAACCUUUGAAUCUGAGAGUAAGAUGUAUGCGCUGGCACUCAGUGUAGUGAACUUGUAGUUAAAGUUAGGAGUGGGAAAAGAAGGCAGUGCCAUCCCUGAAGCCGGAGCGUGCCUGGGCCCGAAAGCGGGGAGAGUCGUGCCCAAGGGCGGCUUCGCUGCGGGGAGAGCCCGUUCCGAGCGCCGCGCCCCGGCCGCAGGGCAGGAGCCUUGUGCGGCCUUCUCGGGAGAGCGGCGUCCCCUCAGGGCAACGCUCCGGCCCCGCUCCCCCUCGCCGGGCCCCGGCGGACGCGCCUCCGCUUGGCGGGAGGGCGGCGGGUCCCGAGCGGCGCCGGUUGGCGGGAACAGCGGUGCCCGGGCGGUACUCCGGGGACGGGAGAAGCGGUUCCCGAGCGGUGCCCCGCGGGGAAGCAGCGGGCUCAAAACGAGCGGCGCCCGAGCGGUGCCCCGGGGGGCAGCAGCGGGCCCUAAACGGGCCCGUUCCGCCCCACCGCGUGGGCGCUGCCCGCGCCCCGGCCGCGCCCCUAUUUAUAACGUGUGCCGCGAGCGGAUUGGUUGGACCGGGCUGGCCGCAGACCCGCCCCCCCUUCCGCCGCCAUGUUCUGUGGUGGGGCGGGGGCGGCCCGGGGGCUGCCGUGAGGCGGGCGGAGGGCGAGUCGAGGCGGCGCGGGCGCUGCUGGCGCUGGGAAGGGGCGCUGUGCUGGGAAGAAGAGAAGGUGCGGGCUGCCGGGCUCGCUUCUGCGGAGGGAAUGGCGGAUGCCGUGAUCCGCAGUGGCGGCGAGAUGGAGCCGGAGCAGCAUCAGCGGAUGGAGAAGACCAGCGCGGGCGUCCUCGGACUGGAGAGUAUCAGAGCAGGAGCCGCUGAGGACACCACACAAAAUGGCGGACGCUCUGAGAGCGGUAGCGCUGGGGAGGCGCUGCUGGUGGCUGCCCUUGCUGCAGAAGACAAGGUCCCCACAAACCUCAGCAUCAGUAGCAGUAGCCAGCGCAGGAGCAGCAUCUCGACGGCAAAUGAACAGCAGCAGCAGCAGCCGCCCAGCGGUGUGCUCGGGGGGCCGCCCCCUCUCCCUAAGCCCUCAGAAGACCAGCAGCCUGUUAGGAGGAAUUUUCAGAUCCCCAGGAAGAGCAGAGAAAAGAAAGCACUCUUUCAACCAGUAUCUCCAGGGUCUCGAGAAUUUGAGGAGAUCAUAAACAUUCUGCAUCAUUCCUACUUGGAUCAGAAUUCAGUGUCCAAUUUUAAAUACAAGAGAGCCAGCUUAGUUCAUAGUGAACUGUUGGAAAAGGAAUUCACAGAGAAACGCAGGGAGCUGAAGCGGGACGGGCGCCUGGACAAGGAGCUCUCGGAGAGUUACGCCUUCCUCAUGGUGGAUCAGUGCCAGAUCCGGAGCAUAUGUGAAAAGGGGCUGCAGGUUGGCCACUCCAAAAUCACAAUUCUCGGCAGCCCUUCCAUGGGUGUAUAUAUCUCCAAGUAUGCUGAUUUAUUGCAGCCUAAUCCUCUAGAAUCUGGAGCAACUGGAGAUGUGAUUGUUUUUAAAAUAAUAAAGGGAAAAAUGAAAAGCGUAUCUGACUACAUUGGUGUGAAAGCAAUGGAAUCAACUGUCAAGAGUGUGUUGGAUCCCACCCCAAACCACGAGUGUCAUGUUUCAAAGAAUGCAGUUAAAGUCGGCUCCUUGCUGGCUUACCGAGCCUACGAACUCACUCAGUUCUACUUUUAUGAAUAUGGCUUUGAUGACAUCAGGCAAAGACCAAGACAUGUUUGUCCUUUUGCUGUUGUUUCAUUUACUUAUAAAGAUGACAUGGCACAAGGACCAAAAUUUGUGCCCCCAUCAAGAGCAAACACCUUCCACGCAGAUAGAAGUACAGAGAAACCUAACGUUACAUUGUGGAGGGGACAGCUUUGGAAUAAAGGCAAACUUGUGUGCCACGUUUCCCUAAAAUCAGCAGCACGACUUUUCCUUCCAUGCAAGCUUCCUGAGAAGCUUGAGGUUGAAAAAGUUCUAAGCAUUGAUCAGUUGAAGAAAAAAAUUUCACCAGCAUUGUUCCUGAAAGAAACUUACCAAGAAAGAAUAGAAGUGUGGAAGAAUGGCGUGUACUGUAGCCUGUAUGAAGUUGUGGAGAAGUCCCGUUCUGGGAGUCACUUAGAGGGUUUACUUCAAAAACUAGAGAAAGAGAAACUUGUCCUUGUGAAACCACUUGUGGACAGAGGAUUUCUUUUUCUUCUUUCUCCCUGGCAAAUGAUGUCCCCUUAUGAGCACCAGACUGGGCGGUCCCGUGUGCUUCAUGCAUUGUUUCUGUUUCCAGAGUCUAGAGGUGUCAUUAACUCAGCACAAAAAAAUGGUCCAUAUGGAACACAGAAAAAUUCAACUACCAUGGUUUUGCAGGAGAAAAAGGAAAUCGUUCCAGAAUUCACCAAGUUGGUUCAGUCUCUGCAUUUUGCUUUGCUGCGGUCCUGUAGACACAGCGGUGUAGCUUACAAUGAUGUUGUGGAAAAGUACAUGCAUGAGUACUUUAGAAAACUCUACAAUGGCCCUGGAAGAAGUAGAGAAUUUACAUUUCGUGAGUACUCAACACAGCUGGAUGACAAAAGAUUUCUGUUCCCUGCCCCAAAAUACAAAGGUCCCAUUGGUACGUGCUUGCAGAACUAUAUUUUCGGUUCUGAGACCUAUCAGCUGCCCGUUUCCAGAGCUAAGGAACUGCUGGAUAGGAAUCGGAAGCCUCAGCGCUUCAGCCCCAUCUCCGAUUAUGAAGCUACAGAAGACUACUCUGACUUUGCCAAGGCAAAACGCAGGAAAAGAAUCCAUCCCAGAUAUGAAGCUGCUGCUGCCAAAAAAAAAGUGCCUCCUUCUGGAGACCGUGAUACUGAAAGAAUCAUGGAUCUUAUUAACUUGAUCCACUGUAUAAAGAAAAAUGUAGGUGGAGAUUCUGAUUCUGAAGACCCCAGAAUUAGGAGUGGCCUGAAAAGAAAGCUGGAAAAACAGUCUGAAAAUUUGCAGAAAUACCUAAAAAUGAGUGACUCUUCAGAGAAUAUUUGUCACUGCGAAGGGGGCAGAACCUUGGAUUCACCACACUACGUGUUCCCAGUGAAUUCUGAGCACGGUGGCCACGAGGGUGACUUGAGGCAGGAUGUGUCGGACGCUGCAGCCGAGCCGGAGGGGUUGGUCAGAGCCGUGCUGGAGGUGCUGGCUGCUGGUGGCCACUGGGACCCUGCGCUGGCACAGUCUGUCGCUCAGGCCUUAGCCCUGGGCACUGAGGAAAUUGAAGAGGAUGUGAGACAAAAGUAUGAGUAUGAAUCCAUUCCAGCUCAGGACAGAGACGGUCAUGAGCUUCCUAACACUGCUCAGGCUGACAGCGUCACCUUCAAGGACCCGCAGAGCCCGGCCGUGCUGGAAACUGACGUGCCGUGCUUGCCCUACCCCAUGGAUGUCAGUCUGCAGCUCCCACCCAACGAAGCCCCCCUUGAGCACACACUACAUUUACAAGAAGCAAGCGCUGGGAGUACCAUUGAAGACUGCAGUCCCUGUCCUAGUGCACCUAUAGAACAUGGCUAUCUCAGGCAACAUCCCUGCUCAAAUAAUGUAGGGGAAGUUGGAAUGCACUGGAAACUUAUCCCAAUUACAGGUCUGAAAUCACCAGAAGAGCCACUGGAAUAUUUGCCACCAACGGAUGCACUUCCUAAUGACCCCCGGGUAGUAAAUAGACAGAGAAAUUCUGAUUAUCAAUUGCCAUGCUCUCCAUUUUCAGACACACAGAAGGGGACAGCAGAAGAUGGACAUUACACAGGACAAGUGGAGAAACUUGAAGACCCGUAUGAGCUAACAGAUCAACCUUUUACAGCUAAGCAUUCCAUUAGUGCAGUAAUAGAGACAACACUGUUAGAAGAAUAUAAGCUCUUUGCAAGAAAGAUUGAAGAAAUUCUGCAGCAAAAAAACAUUCCUUAUGUCAGUGACAUGUCCACACCAGUCCUUUCUGCCCAGGAGAGGAUAAUGAGACUUUCUGAGCACAUCUGUUUGCAGGCAUCAGAGAUUUCUGUCCAGGAAUACGUAGAGAGCCUGAUUGAGAAGCUGGACAGUGUCAUUUUGGCUUCUUCGUGCAUGAAACGGACUCCCCCAGUUUAUUCCAGUCCUGAAGCCCUGGCGGUGGUGAGCAGCACUGCCCCUGAUGCGCUGGCCGUGUGCAGGGACAGCAGCGGCACGGCGCCGCUCCCGGAGCCGCCCUGCAAUCACCUGGGGCAAGAGCAGCACUCCCGGGAGCAGCCUUCAGCAAGCCCAGCCCUAGGGAAGGAGAAAAUGAGUCAUGGGAAUGCUAAACCAGAGGAUCAGACUUCUUCUGGUGGUGAUCUCAGGGAACAACCAGAAAAGACUCAGAAGUCCCCUAAGAACUUAAACAUUUCAACUCAACCAGCUUUUUCUGAUUUGAUAAGCAAGUUAAAACCUGAAUUAUUUACUGGUUUUGUCCAGAUAAUGGAAAAUGUACGGAAAAACAGUGUCAAAUUUUAUAUUCAUGAAGAGGAAGAAAGUGUUCUCUGCAGAGAAAUCAAGGAAUAUCUUAGAAAGUUAGGGAACACAGAGUGCCAUCCAGAGGAGUUCCUUAAAAGAAGAGAUAAUUCAGAUAAACUGUUGAUCAUUAUCCAAAAUGAAGACAUUGCCAAUCUCAUCCAUAAGAUCCCUGGCCUGGUGACUCUGAAGAGAUUCCCCUGUGUCAGCUUUGCAGGGGUUGAUAGUUUGAACGAUGUGAAAAAUCGCACUUACCACGACCUGUUUGUGUCUGGGGGUUUUGUUGUGUCAGAUGAAUCUGUCCUUAACCCAGAGUCCAUCACUACAGAUAGACUAAAACAGUUCCUAACAUUUCUGGAGGAUCUCAAUACCCCAGAUGGGAAAUGGCAAUGGAAAGUCCACUGCAAAAUACAAAAAAAACUGAAAGAGCUGGGGAGGAUAAAUGCCAAUGCCCUGAACCUGCUCACCCUUCUGAACACCUAUCAAAAGAAGAACUUGGUUGAGAUUCUGUCUUACCAUAACUGUGAUUCUCAAACUCGAAAUGCUCCAGAACUUGAGUGUCUCAUCAGGCUUCAAGCUCAAAACAUACAACAGAGACAUGUUGUCUUCCUAACAGAAAAGAACCUCAAGACGCUCUCGAGUUACGUUGACAGUGGCAUAGUGGUUGCUGCUGUUGAUGACUUUAUGCGUAACUUUGAAAGUCUUGUUGGGUUUCACAACUCUGUUACUGAGCAGAACAACCUUGCUUCCUGCAGUGAUGGCCAAAGACAAUCAGUUCUUGUAGAAAAGGAUGAAAAGGAUGAGGAGGACAUGUCUCUGGAUUCAGGGGAUGAAUUGUCAGAAAUAGAAAUCUGCAGUGGUGCCUCUAAGUAUGAUACUCAUGUGGAAGCUUUGCAGACAGAGGCCAAGGGCCCACAUGGAGUAGAUGCUAAAGAAAGCUGCUUAUCAGUUACAGAGUUACCUCCUGAAGCACAAACUGGCCUUGGGGAAAAGAUUUACAAAACUGACUUGGAAAAGAAGCAGCCAAUUACUCCAGUUUCUACAACAUGCUCUGCUGAAGGAGAAAAACACAAUGCAGUUGAACAAACUCCUUUCAGUAACUUCCAGGUUUAUAGCAGACAAUUAAACAUGUUCCAUCAAUUCAGCCACUUUCAUGUCCUCACUCAUCAGACUUUUCUGGGAACAACUUACCCAAUUUCUCCUGCAAAUCAAAACCAAGAAGGCAGCAAUUAUUUUCUAUCUGCCUACAAUCAGAGCAUGGAUACAGAAAAGUCAUUAUCACCUGGUGGCUGGGAUAGCUGCUAUGAUUCUUCCAGGCCAUAUUCAGAACAGAAAUGAACUCUUAAGUCUCUUUUUCUAAGUUGCUGUGGACUUCUCUGUUUCUAAAAUGUUGGAUUAAUGAUUUCUAUUUUAUUCUGGAACAAAAUGUUUCUUGUUCUUGUUAUCUCAGAUGUUUUCAUGUUCUAUUUAAAUCCCUGAUGGCCUGUCCCUGUUGGAACCAUCUGAAAAUUUAAAUAAAUACAUAUAUUUUUUAACGUUUACUGUACUUGAAUUAUCUUGUUUGUUGGCACUUUUAAGUUUCUACAUUUGUAUUUGACCUGUUACCUAAGCUUCAGUUUGAGGUCUGUUUAAUGUAAAGCUGAAUGUUUGCCUAAAAUAUGUGAAAGAGCCAGUUGUUUUUUUUUUUUUUUCUUAACCACAAGAGUACCCAAGUCAUGUUUCUUUACAUAAAUAUUAAAAUUAAUGUAUUUAUUUGACAUGGACACAAAUUUUGUACAAUGUUUUUACAUAGCUCUAAGGCACUGUACUUAUUUUCAUGACUAUAUACUGGAUUUUGGCUAAAUACCUCAAUUAGAGUAACCAAUGGUGCAGUUCCAUUACAAAAAAAUCAAAUAAACUCUUAAUGCACAAGGGACUUGCUAA